CACUCAACUGAAGAGACCAAAGAGCCUCAGAUGACAAAGACACUUUUUUACCAUGUCAAAGUAAAGAGUUUAUUUUGAGGCUUUUCUGUAUAUUCCAUUCAGCAGGGCUUCAUACCCAUGUAGAAGAAAUCAGCCAUGUAUUCUUUAUUAAGAAUUGUGGGUUUACUGAAUGUAGUGUGCAAUGUGAACAGUCUUCUGGGAAUCAGAUCAAAUUUUUAUGGUUGUCCUGUUGAUGUCUACAUUGUUCUUGAUACAUCUGAGAGUGUGGCACUGAGAGCCCGGCCGUACGGCUCUUUCGUGGAAAACAUCAAGCAAUUCGCUUUAGACUUUGUGGACCAGCUGAACAGCAGGUAUUACCGCUGCAACCGUAACCUGACCUGGAACGCUGGUCUCCUGCACUACAGUGAUGAAGUGAAGGUCAUGAGCGGGCUCACAAGCAUACACACUAACAAAACAGCUCUGAAGAAAGCUAUUCGAGACGUCCGCUACAUUGGAAAAGGAACCUAUACCGACUGUGCUAUCACUGCAGCCAUAGGGCAGCUGAUGUCAGGGAUCUCACCCUUCCAUGCUAAUAAGUACAUGGUGGUUGUGACAGAUGGACAUCCAUUUGAUGGGUACAAAGAGCCAUGUGGUGGAAUCAGCUAUGCUGUCACAGAAGCUAAAGGAAUGGAUAUUAAAAUCUUUGCUGUGGCAAUCACACCAGAUCAUCUGGAUGACAGGUUGGGCUCCAUUGCAACUGAGUUCCGCUACAGAUACAAUCUGUCAGCCACAGAUGACAACCCAGAUGUAGUAAAAAAUACCAUUAACACCAUCAUCUCCACUAUUUACAAGGACUCUGAGUCUUCGUGUUGCACCUAUGACUGUAAGGCUGGAAGAGGAUCACCUGGUGCCCCUGGAGACAAUGGUGAAGCGGGCACUCAAGGAAAGCGAGGAGUGUCUGGAAAGCCUGGUGUUGUUGGCUCAAUCGGAACUACAGGGGAUCAGGGGCCACCAGGUCACAGAGGAGAAAAGGGUGAUAAGGGACCUCCUGGAACAAGGGGUCCCAGAGGAGCUUUUGGACAAAAGGGAGAUAAAGGAGCCAAUGGUGCUGAUGGGAAAGACGGACUCAUGGGUGAUUCUGGAUCCCCUGGCUUGCCUGGAUGCAAAGGAGAUGAUGGCUCCGAUGGGGAACCUGGCCCUCCAGGUCAAAAGGGAGACCCAGGCCCGUUUGGUGCUAAAGGACAAAAAGGUGAAAGAGGUGAAUCUGGGACGGUUGGGUUAUCUGGGAUAUCUGGAGCCACUGGCCCCAAGGGGGAUCUAGGACCAAGAGGUAUGAAAGGAAACAAAGGGGACCAGGGAGAUGGUGGUGAUUUUGGAAAUCCAGGAGUCCAAGGUACAAAGGGUGAGAAAGGAGAGAAGGGAAUGAGAGGACCAGCAGGUGUCCGAGGGGUACGAGGCGAUAAGGGCAACCCUGGACCUGCUGGUGCUCAGGGACAUGAAGGCACUACCGAUGAUAACGGAUCUCCGGGUCCUCAGGGUAUUGCUGGUCUGAAGGGCUACAAAGGGGAGCCAGGACCCAUGGGACCAGAGGGAACUAAAGGUUCGACAGGCCUAAUUGGACCUCCAGGAGAACCCGGCCCUGCAGGGGAAAGGGGAGAAGAAGGUGCUCCAGGACAAGGCACACAAGGGCAUCCAGGCUUCCAGGGAUUCCCAGGUCUGAGGGGAGAACCAGGUUUAAAGGGUAUCAGAGGGUUACCUGGGCUCAAGGGAGAUCAAGGGCUUCCAGGUGACAGAGGAAGUGAUAAUGAUCUACCUGGAAAAGAGGGAGCAAGAGGACCAAAGGGAUACCCGGGCCUUCCAGGGGAAUAUGGGUCACCAGGACUGAGUGGACCACCUGGACCUGAUGAGUGUGAAAUUCUGGAGAUCAUUAAAAAACUUUGCUCAUGCUGUGAAUGUGACUGUGGUCCAGUGAAGCUGCUGUUUGUGCUGGACAGUUCAGAGAGUGUGGGCCUGCAGAACUUCACAUUGGAGAAAGAGUUCAUUAUCCGGGUUAUUAACAAGAUCAGCAAGAUUGGCAAAAACAAGAGUGACCCAGGCUCACGGGUUGGUGUGGUCCAGUACAGCCAUGAAAGCACACAAGAGCUUGUUUCCAUGGAUGAUCCCAAAAUCACCAGCCUAUCUCAGCUGAAGAGUGCUGUAAAGAAUAUGCGCUGGAUUGCUGGAGGAACCUACACAGGUGAAGCACUGGCUUUUGCCAAGCAAUCCUUCGGCACGUCACAGCUGUCUAACAAAGUUGCCAUAGUGCUGACUGAUGGCAGGUCAGAUACUAGAGACAGCAAGCCCCUGUCUUCUCUUUGUACAGUGCCCAACAUAAGAGUGAUUGGCAUUGGCAUUGGGGACAUAUUCCGGAGAGCACCGUACACAAAAAUGCUGCAGGAGAUCACAUGCCAAUCAACCAGUAAACCAGGAGCAUAUCUGAAGAUCACAGACCAUACCCAGCUUCUGGAAGAGUCCUUUUUUGAAAAUGUCACCAACUACAUUUGCCAGGGUAUUACAGAUGAUAAAAAGUGCUCAGAUUUUACCUGUCGAACUGAAUUUAAAGAGUUAACGGACAUUGCCUUUAUGUUGGACGGAUCCACUAGUGUGGGAAAGAAGAACUUCGAGAGAACAAAGGGCUUUGUUGAGCAAGUGGCCAGGAAGCUGCUCUCCAAGGACUUUGACCAAAGGAGAUUCCUGCGACUGUCCAUUAUGCAGUACAGUGGCACCAGCCAUCAGAAGGUGGAGGUACCCUUCACUAACAGGCUUGAGGAUGUGCUAGGGCGCAUCCAAGCCAUGACUUACAUCGACCAAGCCACAGAUCUGCCAGCUGCCUUGAGGUUCCUAGGGGAAGCGUUCAAACGCGAGAGCCGCUCCAAUGCUAGGAAGAAGGCUGUGAUCUUCUCAGAUGGACGGUCUGUGUCAGCAGUCAGAUCACGCAUCCCUGAAGAAGGGGAUGCCGCUAAAAAGCAAAACUUGGACUUGUUCGCUGUUACUGUUGGUGACCAUUUUGAUGAAACUGGCAUUUGCCAGCUGGUCACCGGCCAGGUCAAUAACUUCAACUAUACAUAUGUCGACCAAAGAGUUUUCCGGGUGCAGCAAUAUAUGGAUCUGGCUAAAAACACUGUGAUGCAAAGCCUGGUUAGAAAACUGUCAACUGCUUAGUAUCACUGAAGUUAAGAGUACCUCUGUUUUACUCUAGCAUCAUUUUAUAUAGGAUGAAACUAGGAACCAACAGUACACAGAUUUGUAUUUUUUUAUGCAGGAUGGGAUUUCUGAUGGUAUUUUUCUGAUGGUGUUUAGUUGCAAUGUAAAUGUUAAUAUCGCCUGCUCUUUGGUACAGGGCUCUUAAAAAAAAAAAGAGUUGCUGUUAUGUUGCUUGAUGUUGACUGUAUCUUGUAGAAAUGUUUAAAAAAAAUAACAUAAAAUCAUAUGAUGGAGCCUAAGAAACCAAAAAGUUUGUAGUAUUAUGUCACUUAAAAAGGCAGUAGGCAUCAAAUGCGAGUAUAUAGUUUAAGUUCUAUAGUUGUUAAUGCCUCUCUGUCUCUUUCAGAAGAAGAUGUCAUUGCAACAUUUAUAUUGUGGUUAUGUUAAAUUCAAGCUCAUAAAUGAAUUUUGUAAAUCUUCUGUUGCAUGCUGUGUUAUUUAUUCACUAUACUUGGUUCAUUCUUGCUUUUAAAGAAAAUAAUUUAUCACAAGAAAACUGGUCCUCUAAGAUUCAAAUUGACUAGAAGAAAAAAAAAAGUAGGACAUGUGGCGUAAUUGGAAGUAUAGGUGUAUAACUUAACUAACAGGAGGAUUUGAUGGUAAAAACUGACAGCAUGGUUGUCAUUUUUAUUCAGCCUCCACCCUUUUAUACUCGUGAAUAAAGUCCUCAAACCAAAGAUCCCUUCAUAGCAGUUAAACUUCAUCAUCUUAUUGCCUUGUCUUCCAAUGUGCCAAAUGAUUCCUUUUCUGAUAAUGACGUUUAUGCCAUCUCAUACCAAUGAUACAUUUUCACUGUCACUGCUACAUUUAUCUAAUCAUCUCGCUGUCACCACAGUGUGAUCUUUGAACAAUACAUAUUCAUAUACAUGUUGUUAUUUCACCUACUCUAUAUGGAAAAUAUUUACAAAAUGACUUCCCUACAACAUGCUGUGGUACUGCUUUUAUGCUAUGUGGGAGGCCUCGAAAUGACACACAGAGAGUUGAGGGUU